CUUCCCUCUCAAUUCUUUAAUUUUUUUUCUUCAUAAAGAAUUCCUUUUGUUUUCUCAUCCUUUUAAGAAUCCCUGCGUUCUUUGAUUCCGCCGUUGCACUUCUUUUCAAGAAAUCCUCAGCUGUUUUUGAAAUCAUCUCUUGCUUGCUUCCCUCUCUCUCUCUUUCUCUAUUUUCUUCUUGACCCAGCAAAACUUGUAAGGCUUUCCCAACCCCUGGGACGCCAACUCUUCUCCUCUUCUUCUGUUUCCUCUCACCCAAGUUUGAAUUUUGCCACCAAAUCAGGGAAACUUGAUGACUUCUAAGGAAGAGCUUGAUCCAGAGGAAGCUUCUUUGGAUUCUGAACGAGAAGUAGAGGAGCAGCUUUCUUCACAAGGGGAGACACAGAAGGCCUCUUCGAUUACAGAUGAAGGAAAAGAUAAGAAUGAACACAACUCCGGAUCUGAAACAAACAGCACCUGCAUUGAUGAAGACUCUAACCAAAGCUCACCAAGAGGAGUUCUUGAGAUCACUGCAUCAAUUGCAGACUCCGAUGGCGGCGGCAGCAGCAGCAGCAGUGAUUCUUCAUCAAUUGAGCCAGGGCCGGAGUCCCACAGCCUGCACUGGAGAACCUUUAUUGCAGGACUAAUAAUGAGGAAGAAGAGAUCGAUGACGAGGCUGUCGACGUUUCCACCAACAAUUACAAGGCGCUCGAGCUUGGGCGGGGCAUUGGAGAGGAUCAAGAGCAGCAGCAAGGAUAGUUUUGAGAGAAAAGAAGUUGCAUUGGAGAUCAAAAUGGAGGGGAUCAAGAUCAGCAGCAAGGGUACAUUGGAGGUCAAAAUGGCAAGGCCUUCAUGGAGGAGCUUUGCUUAUGAAGAGCUUGCCGCUGCCACAGAUGGAUUUUGUCCAGAGAAAUUGAUCGGCAAGGGUGGCCAUGCCGAGGUCUACAAGGGUUGCCUAGCCGACGGCCAACUCGUGGCCGUGAAGAGGCUGAUAAAGAAGGACGGCGAGGAGGAACGAAUAGGAGAUUUCUUGUCCGAGCUCGGAAUCAUCGCUCAUGUUGCUCAUCCGAAUGCAGCACAGCUUCUCGGAUUCAGUGUGGAAGGUGGUUUGCACUUGGUUUUGCAGUUCUCUCCUCAUGGAAGCUUGGCCUCUGUGCUUCAUGGUUCUUCAGGUUCAAGGCAAAAGCUUGACUGGAAGCUGAGGUUCGAGAUUGCACUUGGCAUAGCACAAGGGCUUCGCUACCUCCAUGAAGGCUGCCAAAGACGCAUAAUCCACAGAGACAUCAAGGCCUCCAACAUACUACUGACUGAAGACUUCCAGCCACAGAUCUCCGACUUCGGACUCGCGAAGUGGCUGCCCGGCAAGUGGAAUCACCAUGUUGUGUUCCCCAUCGAAGGCACAUUUGGUUACUUGGCGCCAGAGUACUUCAUGCAUGGAGUGGUGAACGAGAAGACAGAUGUGUUUGCAUUUGGGGUGCUGCUGCUUGAGAUCGUAACGGGAAGGAGAGCCAUCGAUUCAUCGAGGCAGAGCCUGGUGAUUUGGGCGAAACCAUUGCUGGACGCAAACAACGUCGAGGAACUCGUCGACGCUUCCCUCCGAGAUGCGUACGACGGCGAUGAAUUGGCCCGAGCGCUGCGAGUCGCUUCGGUUUGCAUCCAUCACCUCUCCACCUCGAGGCCCGCCAUGAACCAGGUGGUGCGGUUUCUGCAAGGGGAAGAGGGAUCGAUCGAGCUCGUCGGAGGAGAAUCGAAGGAAAGAGUUGCGAAAACGCCGUUGUUUGACGGUGGCGAAAUGGAUGAUGACUACACAUGCUCCAAGUACCUCAGGGACCUGCACAGGCACAAACAGCUUGCUCUGGAGCAGUGAAUUACGGAAGCUCAACGCUUGACUCUGUAAAAAAUAUCUGAACUGUAAUUGUAUCUUUAAUUGCUGAUUUAUAAGCUUCGAAUGUUGGAGAUGAAAUUCCGGUGUG